AUGGACAUUCUCGACGUAGCUGAUCAGUUGUCGCAACUUGCGCUCGUUCUCCGCCAACAGCUGUUCGAAAAGGUCAUCGCUCAUCUCAGCCACUUUUUGUUGUGUUAUCGCAUCGUUUGUCUGCUGUUCCAUUUUUCGGAUGACGUCAUCAUCGACGGCGCUCACGCAUUCCUCUACAUUCUCGACUUCAUCAGAAGAGUCAACCAUACCGCCCGAGAAUCCAUCGUGCAUCAUCAUAAAACAAUCCUGAUUGUUGUCUUCGUGAUGGUUCUGCUCGACCUCUUCGUGAUCGCUAUCGUCAAAUUGAUUCUGAUGAUGAUUGCUCCAAUGGUGGUAGUUAUCUCUCCAGAAUCGCUGAUCAUUCUGGUUUCCAUAAGCAAUGUUGAUUGGCGCGGAUUGCAUGCGUGGAGAAGAAGCGUCUUCGACUUGUGGUGGACGAGCCAUUAUGAAUUUGAUAAAAGUGAUUGA